AUGGAGCUGGUCCAGGAUAACUCCUGUCCUCUGYUGGUCAGUGUGAAGGGGGUCCCUAUACACCAAGUACUUUGCAGAAGGAUAGGGCCACUUCAGAGCUUCCAGACCUGGCCCAAUGACCUGCUCAUCAGCACCUACCCCAAGUCUAGCACCACUUGGUUAAGUGAGAUACUGGAGAUGAUCUACCAGGGUGGAGACCUAAGGAAGUGUCAUUGGGCCCCCAUAUAUUUUAGGGUGUCCUACCUUGAAUUCAAAUGCCCAGGUCUCCCCUCAAGCCUGGAGUCUCUAAAAGACACACCUGCUCCACAGAUCCUCAAGACCCAUUGCCACUGGCCCUGCUUCCCCAAGUCUGAAGGUCAAGGAAAGUCUCUUCAAGCUGUGUCUCCACUCAAGUGGGAAGGCCACCUGCCCUCACUGUGGCAGGGCCAAGACAAAGAGAGUGAGACUGUUAUUUUGGUGAUCUAUGUUGCCCGCAAUGCAAAGGACGUGGCUGUCUCCUAUUACAACUUCUACAAAAUGGCCAAGGUGCACCCUGACCCUGGCACCUGGGACAGCUUCCUGGAGAAGUUCAUGGAUGGACAAGUGUCCUAUGGGUCGUGGUACCAGCAUGUGCAGGUGUGGGGGGAGCUGAACCGCACUCAUCCUGUGCUCUACCUCUUCUAUGAARACCUGAAGGAGAACCUGGAAAGGGAAAUUCAGAAGAUCCUGGAGUUUCUGGGGCGCUCCCUGUCAGAGAAGACCGUGGAUCACAUCGUCCCCACAUCCUUCAAGGAGAUGGAGAAGAACCCCAUGGCUGACUCCAGCACCUUUCCUACUCAUAUCCUAGACCACAGUAUUUCUCCCUUCAUGAGGAAAGGCAUCCCAGGGGACUGGAAAUCCGCCCUGACUGUGGCCCAGAAGGAGUACUUUGACACCCACUAUGCUGAGAAGAUGGCAGGCUGCAAGCUAAACUUCCACUGGGAGAUCUGA